UGCACUUUUGGGGACCCCGGGGCUCCCGAGAAGUCCAGCGGAAUCUCAGGCAAAGGACACCAUGCCUCCCAAGUCUCAGUCCACUCUCGCCUACACCGUUGGCGGGAAUCUGAGCAGUUUCCUUUCCGAGGGCUCCGAAAAGGAUUUCCUGCCCGGCUCCGACGGGACCACGGCGGAGCUGGUGAUCCGCUGCGUGAUCCCGUCCCUCUACCUGCUCAUCAUCACGGUGGGCUUGCUGGGCAAUGUCAUACUGGUGAAGAUCUUCAUCACCAACAGCGCCAUGAGGAGCGUGCCCAGCAUCUUCAUCUCUAACCUGGCCGCUGGGGACUUGCUGCUGCUGCUCACCUGCGUGCCGGUGGACGCCUCGCGCUACUUCUUGGACGAGUGGAUGUUCGGAAAGGUGGGCUGCAAGCUGAUCCCGGCCAUACAGCUCACCUCCGUGGGGGUUUCCGUGUUCACUCUCACGGCCCUGAGCGCCGACAGGUACAGGGCCAUUGUCAACCCCAUGGAUAUGCAGAAGUCGGGCGCUGUACUGUGGACUUGUGUGAAGGCUGUGGGCAUCUGGGUGGUCUCUGUGUUGCUGGCAAUUCCCGAAGCUGUGUUUUCAGAAGUGGCACACAUUAAGAGCUUGGAUAAUAGCAGCUUCACAGCAUGCAUACCUUACCCUCAGACAAAUGAAUUACAUCCAAAGAUUCAUUCAGUGCUCAUAUUUUUGGUCUAUUUCCUCAUACCACUUGUUAUUAUUAGCAUUUAUUAUUAUCACAUUGCAAAGACUUUAAUUAAAAGUGCACAUAAUCUUCCUGGGGAAUAUAAUGAACAUACCAAAAAACAGAUGGAAACACGGAAACGCUUGGCUAAGAUUGUCCUGGUCUUUGUGGGCUGCUUUAUCUUCUGUUGGUUUCCAAAUCACAUUCUCUACAUGUAUCGGUCUUUCAACUACAAGGAGAUCGAUCCAUCGCUAGGCCACAUGAUUGUCACCUUAGUUGCCCGAGUUCUGAGUUUUUGCAAUUCUUGCGUCAAUCCAUUUGCUCUUUAUCUACUCAGUGAAAGCUUCAGGAAACAUUUCAACAGCCAGCUAUGUUGCGGAAAGAAGCCCUAUCCAGAGCGAUCCACCAGCUGCCUGCUCAGCUCUUCAGCAGUGCGAAUGACAUCUCUGAAAAGCAAUGCUAAGAACCUGGUGACCAAUUCUGUUUUACUAAAUGGGCACGGUACAAACCAGGAAAUGGCACUGUGAUUAUGGCUAUUCAACUGACUACUUGAAAAGAAGGCACUAACUUUUCUGUUUCUUUUGGGCAGAGGAUAAUUAAUUGCUCUGGUUUUACUGUUGCUCAUCCAGUUCAUUAGACUAUUUCAUGAUUGACUCAGAGAAGCUAAACAUUUUUCUCUGAAGGGAGCCUUACAUUGUAACAAGUAAUAUGUAUAUUCACAGAAACGCACAUACAUCUCAUUAAAAGUGACUGAAAAGCAAUUUAAUAUGUGUAGAAAUCAAUAUUGCUUUAAGGUUUUGGCAGUUCCUGGAGCAAACUGUAACAUAUUGCUCUUAAACUUGUCUUAUUUGGAGCAUAAAAUUACUUCUUAUAGGCUAAAUCAUUUAAUGGGACAUAAUAUUCAAGCCCCUAUUAUUUGAAAUACAAAUCAUAUUUUCCUGGUGGACAAAUUUUUUCAUAACUACUCUAUGUUAUAUAAUAAAAUUCAUUAUAUAAUCUUGUACAGCUUAAUCGUAUGUGAAUACCAUUUAUUGUGGUAUUUUGUGUGAUUACUCAUAGUUUAUUGAAAUAGCUUAUGUCUGUUGACUUCUAUGUACUGCAUGUGAUUAAAACAUACGAUGACAUUUGUAUUAUGAAUUGUAAAUAAGUGUCAUGUACAAAGGCUUACCUUAUGAAUGUAAAACAGAUUCCAAAUUGCAAAAUGAUGACUCAGAAACUUGCAUGUCCAUAUUUGUAUACAUUGUUAAAUCCUUAACAAUUGGUUGAUUCUGUAUAGAUGUGAUAAGAUCUGUAAAAUUCUUUUGAGUUCUCAUCCCGCCUUGCAAUAGCCAGCUGACAAGUGUGUGAGAUUUCAGGCAAAUUUUCUCUGUAUGAUAUCACGUAUUUUUUAUGAAUAAAUGUCCUGAUUUGU